GUGGCGAAUCUAACCAACCUCUAUUUCUUUGACAUCACAGACAACAGAAUCACAGGGCAUGUGCCCAUCCAACCAGGAUUCGACACGUGUACCAGCAUCCGCCACCUUCACCUGAGUCGCAACCAUCUGACAUAUGUCCCAGGGCAACUGGGACGGCUUCCAAACCUCAUCCACCUCCUGGUGGACAACAACCGUCUCAACCAGACCUUUCCAGCGGGGCUCAGUGGGUCAACCAGCCUGCAGAUCAUCCAUCUGAGCAACAACACCAUUCAGGGCCGGCUUUCUCCUUCCCUCAACCUCCCAGCGCUGCAAGACCUCUCCAUGCACAACUGCUCCAUGCCGCCCCAGUCACUGCCGCCCUUGACGGACCUUCCAGCACUCUGCUACCUCGAUUUGAGUCGCAACAACUUUCAAGGUCCCCUGCCCCCUGCCCUCUUUACCACCCACCCUGAGCUAGUAACUCUCAAUCUCGCCUUGAACCAUCUCAACGGCAACCUCCCUCCCGGGCUGCCCUCAGCCAACCUCACACGACUCCACUCCAUUAUUCUAUCAGACAACAAACUAACAGGCCCCGUGCCUCCUCUAGACGCGCUCCCUGCCAUCGCCACCAUCUCACUCUUUGAUAACCACUUCACCCGCGCGCCUGCUGCUCUGCUCAGCAACGAGAACGUCACACUGCAGCUAUACGGCAACGACCUCUGUGUGCCCUACCGCCCUGCAGUCACUGCCGCUUGCUCGCCUCCACUCGGCAUCAUGCAGUAUCAGCCCCCUCCCAUUUGCGACGACCUCGCCUGCCCCUCUCUCUACGCGCCCAGCCCGCCGCUGCUCGCGCUGACCAACGUGUGUGUGUGUGCUUCGCCGCUGGAGGUGGAAUUGAAGCUUACUGCUCCGCAGUAUGCGGUGUUUAAUGACGAGCUCGCGAGUCUGCUUGUAGAGAGGAUCGCGGGGAGCUUGGGGAAGAACGGGAUUGGCAUCUCGACGGGACAGGUGGGUGUGGUGGGGAGAGGUGGGUGUGGUGGGGACAGGACAGGUGGCUGUGGUGGGGACAGGACAGGUGCAUUUGGGGGAGCUGAAGCUGAGCCCGCCGCUGCUAGCGCUCACCAACGUGUGUGUGUGCGUGUCGCCGCUGGAGGUGGAACUGAAGCUGACAGCGCCGCAUCACCGGGUCCAUCCGCUCCCCUUCCACCAUCAUCCAUUCCCUUCUUCCUCUUUCCCCUCUCCCCCUCUCCCCCUCUCCCUUUCUCCCCCACUCCCCCCAUCCCAACCCCAACAACAGAUCGCUAUGGUGUCAUUCCCCCGCCCGCCCCCCCUGUCGCGUCUCCUAGGGCUCGCCCGCCCGCCCCCCCUGUGGCGUCUCCUAGGGGUGAUGGCAUGACCACUGCCGCGAUUGUAAGUAUCGUGGCGCUCGCUCUCACUGCUCUGCUCUCAUUGCUCUACCCUCUCCCCCAACCCCCUUCUUCCCCCCAGCUCCCCGCCCGCCCCCCAUGUGGCGUCUACUGGGGGCAUGAUCACUGCUGCGAUUGUGGUUGCAUCUACUGGAGGAGGGGGCAUGACCACUGCUGCGAUUGUGGGCAUCGUGGUGGGGGGAGUGGUGCUCCUCGCUCUCAUUGCUCUGCUGCUCGUGUGGCUGCUGCUGCUACGGAACAGAAACAGAGUGGUGGCGCUCCCUCUCAUGGCUCUGCUACUCGUGUGGCGCUCCCUCUCAUGGCUCUGCUACUCGUGUGGCGCUCCCUCUCAUUGCUCUGCUACUCGUGUGGCGCUCCCUCUCAUUGCUCUGCUACUCGUGUGGCGCUCCCUCUCAUUGCUCUGCUACUCGUGUGGCGCUCCCUCUCAUUGCUCUGCUACUCGUGUGGCGCUCCCUCUCAUUGCUCUGCUACUCGUGUGGCGCUCCCUCUCAUUGCUCUGCUACUCGUGUGGCGCUCCCUCUCAUUGCUCUGCUACUCGUGUGGCGCUCCCUCUCAUUGCUCUGCUACUCGUGUGGCGCUCCCUCUCAUUGCUCUGCUACUCGUGUGGCGCUCCCUCUCAUUGCUCUGCUACUCGUGUGGCGCUCCCUCUCAUUGCUCUGCUACUCGUGUGGCGCUCCCUCUCAUUGCUCUGCUACUCGUGUGGCGCUCCCUCUCAUUGCUCUGCUACUCGUGUGGCGCUCCCUCUCAUUGCUCUGCUACUCGUGUGGCGCUCCCUCUCAUGGCUCUGCUACUCGUGUGGCGCUCCCUCUCAUUGCUCUGCUACUCGUGUGGCGCUCCCUCUCAUUGCUCUGCUACUCGUGUGGCGCUCCCUCUCAUUGCUCUGCUACUCGUGUGGCGCUCCCUCUCAUUGCUCUGCUACUCGUGUGGCGCUCCCUCUCAUUGCUCUGCUACUCGUGUGGCGCUCCCUCUCAUUGCUCUGCUACUCGUGUGGCGCUCCCUCUCAUUGCUCUGCUACUCGUGUGGCGCUCCCUCUCAUUGCUCUGCUACUCGUGUGGCGCUCCCUCUCAUUGCUCUGCUACUCGUGUGGCGCUCCCUCUCAUUGCUCUGCUACUCGUGUGGCGCUCCCUCUCAUUGCUCUGCUACUCGUGUGGCGCUCCCUCUCAUUGCUCUGCUACUCGUGUGGCGCUCCCUCUCAUUGCUCUGCUACUCGUGUGGCGCUCCCUCUCAUUGCUCUGCUACUCGUGUGGCGCUCCCUCUCAUUGCUCUGCUACUCGUGUGGCGCUCCCUCUCAUUGCUCUGCUACUCGUGUGGCGCUCCCUCUCAUUGCUCUGCUACUCGUGUGGCGCUCCCUCUCAUUGCUCUGCUACUCGUGUGGCGCUCCCUCUCAUUGCUCUGCUACUCGUGUGGCGCUCCCUCUCAUUGCUCUGCUACUCGUGUGGCGCUCCCUCUCAUUGCUCUGCUACUCGUGUGGCGCUCCCUCUCAUUGCUCUGCUACUCGUGUGGCGCUCCCUCUCAUUGCUCUGCUACUCGUGUGGCUGGUGCUGCUACUAAGGAACAGAAACAAAGACCUGUGGAGGACUACAGGGCGAUCGAGGGGCUGCAGAUGCUGGGCGUGCACCGACUUGUGGAGCUCGGAGGACUACAAAGCAAUAGAGGGGCUGCAGGCACUGGGGGUGCAGCGGUGCAAGCUCAGUCUGAGGUAAUAUGUGCUCUCCACCCAUCCCCACCCAUCCGCGCCCAUCUCCACCCUUUCCCAUCCCUCCCCAGACCUGUGGAGCUCGGAGGACUACAAGGCGAUAGAGGGGCUGCAGGCGCUGGGGGUACACCGGUGCAAGCUGAAAGAGAUAGCCGAUGCCACCCAGGGCUUCAAGACGCUGCUGGGGGAGGGCGGAUACGGGCAGGUGCGAUGUGGGGCAGGUAUAUCUGUGGGGGGAAGGGGGAGGGCGCAUAUGGGAAGAAGCAGACAGAUGGAAGGUCGAAGAAGGGUAGGGCGGAUAUGGACAGGUAUAUCUGUGAGGGGACGGAUAUGGUGUACCGAGGAGUGCUGGAAUCAGGGGAUGUAGUGGCAGUGAAGCGAGCCAAGGGGCAUGUGAAGCUCGGUGGGACCGAGUUUCGAAAUGAAAUACAGCUGCUCUCAGCAGUGCGCCAUCGCAACCUGGUGGCUCUGAAAGGGUUCUGUGUGGAGGCGGGCGAGCAACUGCUGGUGUAUGAAUUCAUCGAGAGGGGCACGUUGGAAGACAUGCUGAGAGCCGACUCAAAGCACCAGUUGACGUGGCGGCAGCGGGUCAACAUCGCCUGUGGUGCAGCCAAUGGGUUUGCAUACCUGCACCAUCAGAUCAAGCCGCCCAUCAUCCACCGGGAUGUGAAGACGGCCAACAUCCUCAUCACAGCAGACCUCGAGGCCAAGGUGGCUGACUUCGGAAUCUCCAAGGCUGUUCCUGAGGAGGCGGAGGGAGGGGGGAGGCUGGAGACGCAAGUCAAGGGGACUGUGGGCUAUUUGGACCCACAAUAUUUCCAGUGCGAUCUUCUCACGGAAAAGAGCGAUGUGUACAGCUUUGGAAUCGUGCUGCUAGAGCUAGCCACUGGUCUCCGCCCGGUGACCGACGGGGAGCACAUAAGACGGAUCGUGAUCGAUAGGGUUACCAACGAGGGCGGCGUGAACAGUGUUAUGGACCCGGUUUUGAAAGCCAUGUGGGAGAAGGGGAGCGGGGAGGGGGGAGGAGUGGGAGGAGGAGCAGGUGGGGGAGCAGGGGGAGGAACAGGGGGAGGAGAAGGGGGAACAGAGGGCGGAGGGGAAGGGAGAGGUGGUGGGGGAGAUGGAGAGGUGGGGAUGAGUGAGGGGAAGGCAAUGGAGGAAACGUGUGGGAGCGAGGCCUUGGAGGAAACGUUUGAGUGGUUUGUGCGGCUGGCAAUGCGGUGCAGCUUGAAGCAGGUUCAGAACCGACCCGACAUGCAACAGGUUUUGAAGGAGUUGGAAGGGAUUAAGAGGCGCUUGAACCGGGUUUCUGCGUCUCGUGCUGCUGGCACUGGUGGUGCUGCUGGUGCCGCUGCUGCUGGUGCUGCUGGUGGUGCUGGUGGUUGUGAUAGUAGCAGGCGUGACAACGCCGAAGGGUAUGCUUGGGAAGGGGAGCCUGCGUGUGCGACCAAGUCACAAACCAGUGACAAGUUCUGGAAUGAAAUAGCUGCAGCGGCGACAGGAGGGGCUGCAAGGGAGGAUUGGGGUGAGGAGGACGAGGAGGAGGAGGUUUCGUGGUAUGAGGAGCGGAUGAAGCUGCAAGGAGGGAAGGGUGGGACCUCGAGCAGCGGUGGGGAUGGGUUGAGUCCGAAUGUGACGUUCAGUGGGGGUGUUCAUAAAAGAGACGUGAAUCCCCGGUGA